AUGAGCGGCGAAAACAAGGCAUUCUUCUAUGGAACUUUGAUGGCCCCAGAGGUCUUUUUCAGCGUCUGUUAUGGUGAAAAGCAGCCGCCUCAGGCAAUCCAAGACCUCCAUACAUUCACUCCGGCCAUUCUAGAUGGUUACUGCCGUCACAGAGUUCAAUAUGCAGACUACCCAGCCAUUGUUGCAGAGGAAGGCCACUGCGUGCGAGGCAUGUACGCGACUGGGUUAACGGAGGCCAACAUGCAAAAACUGGACAUUUUUGAGGGAAGCGAGUAUAAGCGGAUCAACACCAAGGUGAAGCUACUGAAGUUGGAAGGCGAAAAGGAAGUUGAGGGAGAAGUGAAGGAGGCAUCCGUAUACGUCUUUCUCAACGCCAAUGACCUUGAGAAACGCGAAUGGGACUUUGAAGAGUUCCGCCAACAGAAAAUGCAGAUGUGGACACGAGGUGACUGGGCAUUCACAGAUGGUGACCAGCCAGCCCAGGUUGAGAGCGCUUAA